AUGCGUCGCAAAACACGUUUUGUCUGCGUCUCCGAUACCCAUGGCUAUACUCCAUCCGAGGCAGGGUUCAAACUCCCGGCAGGCGACGUACUGAUACACGCGGGCGAUUUGACUAACAAGGGAAGCAUGCCCGAGCUCCGCAGGACAUUGGACUGGAUCUCCAAGGCCGACUUUGAAAUGAAACUCAUCGUGGCUGGGAACCACGAUAUCACGCUAGAUCCAGAGUUCUAUGCAAAACAUGGUCAAAGCUUCCAUGGCGACCACCUCGAAGAUCCACGACAAUGCAUAGAGCUCGUCACAAGGUCAGAACCCUCGAUCGUAUUCUUUCAACACCAGGCAGCUGUUAUCCGCUUGACCCGAGCCGGCGGUCCAAAGACAGCAUUCAAGGUGUUCGGGUCUCCCUAUUCGCAGUUCCAGGGUGACUGGGCCUUUGGAUACGAAUCUAGCAAUGCGACGACGCUCUGGGACCUGAUUCCCCUAGAUACGGACAUUAUCGUGACGCAUACGCCACCACGGUCUCACUGCGACCAGAAGCCGAAUGGAAUGUUCGUCGGGUGCGACGCGCUUCGGCGGGCUUUGAGCCGCGUGAGGCCGCCGUUAGCUAUUUGCGGCCAUGUGCAUGAAGGACGAGGCUACGAAAGAGUUCGCUGGGAGCCCGCGCUUAUCUCGGCAGGGCCAGAUGCUGACGGCGUCGAUGGUGUUAGUCGGGGCCUCUUGCCUCCCCCAGGAAGUAAGAAACAGAGCCUGGUUGACCUGACGGGUAAACGGACGGAACGCCUCGAUAACGAAGGCUUUUCGUGCUCGCCGGCGCCUCCGAGUCCGAUGUCAAACUCCUCGGCAGGGCUAGCUGUGUCUGAGCAGGGCUCUGCUCGGUCUGUGGGCGUUGCUGAUAUUCAAGGGCGCGGUCACGCCUUACAAACGCUGAGAAAGGAAACGUGCAUUGUCAACGCUGCCGUCGUGGCCACCAGCUGGCCGCACCAAGGAGGAAAACGGUUCAAUGCGCCGAUAGUGGUCGACUUGGAACUUCCAAUGUGGCAGGACACGACUGCCAAUGAUUCACAAUGCAUCUGA